UCCAUGCUGCUUUGUUGCAGAAACACUUCAGAGCAACAGAAAGCCGUCAUGGCGAAAAUCAGGUAUCGAGACUUCUGGACCGACGACGAAGUGGAGCUGUUACUGAAAGUCACACACGAGUACAAGGAGGCCAAAGCGGCGGAAAACGUAGAUUGGGAGUCGCUGCCAAGCAAAUACGUCGACAUUUUUGAGGAGUACAGGAAGCAUUACCCAUCACCAGAGGAAGCCAUGGGUAUGGAAAACGAGUACCCACACACCAUUGCUGAAAUCAGUAGAGCUCAAUUGACUACCAAAGUCAAGGCCAUUCGAAACAGAUUCAGGCAUGCAGUCAGCGCAGGUACAAGAAACGGCCAUGGACGAGUAAUCUUGCUGUAUUUUGAGCUCUGUGAGUCCAUUUGGGGAAGCUCUCCUGCUUCUCCUGCGAUAUCCAAGGCUAUCCAGACAAGAGAAGUAAAGGCAGAGACAGUGGUUUCGGUCAACAGCUCGCCUGAAGCUGUGUCGUCUUCAGUGCCAGGUGGGGACGCAGUAGCAGAAGCUGCAGAGGCUGCAGAGGCUGCAGAGGGUGCCGUGUCUGCGGAGACUGUAGAAAAUCGGCGCCAGAGACUCCACGCUAGCCUGGGUGGCUACAGGAGAAAGAAAUUCAAGAGAAAACUCUCCAGGGAAUCUAUCGCAAUGGAGGAUCUGAACAUUAAGAGGCGGCUCCUUCAACGAUUAGAGACAACCCACAAUGAGUUUGUGCAGACAAUGGGCCAGAUGUCUGCUGCUAUGGACCGUCUGAACUCUAAUAUCGAGAAGCUGGUGCAGCAUAUUGUGAGUUCAGGUCCCACAAACUCAACUCCGUGUUACAUAUGGGGUGUUAAAAAUGGAGAAAUGUCUUUGGUGCAUGAAUGUCAUUCUGAAAGUAAGCAUUAGUUUAAUUGACCUGUCAGUAAUUUUGUCUAAAAUGUUUUAAACAUAAUGAAAAAUGCUCAUCACAAAUUCCUAGAGCCCAAUUUGAUAUCCUCAAAUUGGUUGUUUUGUCCAUCCAACUUUUCAUAACAAAAAAGGUAUUCAAUCCCCUAGAGAAAGCAUGUGAGAAGCUGGGAACUAUUUUUCACUCAAUAGAAUGACAAUGAAAAAAAUCUCAGAAUUAGUGGAUUGACUAACUAAAUAAUUAACUUUUAUUUAUGUUAUUGUAACACAGAUGUUGUAACAUGUACCAUUGUAACAUUUAUGUUAUUGUAACAUAAAUAUAUGUUUUAAACAUGUAACAUUUUUAUUGUAACAACUUAGAUGUUUUACCUUGUAACAUUGUAACAU